AUGGCAAUGGUUUUGCAUCCCGGGAUGCGUGGGUAUCGUGCCGACUCGCCGAGCCUUUCAUGUGGCAGUACUGAGAUUGACAAUCACAAUCGCAAUAACGACGAUGACGACGCAUUAUCCGCCACUCGAUGGCACAAUUGGCCUGACGAUGGCUUUCUCAGAACUCAGCUCCGGCACCAGACAAGCCAGCACCCCCUGGUCCCGUGA